AAAUUAAGGCUCUUCCUUUCUUCUGUUUUGUAAACUUGGUUGCUGGACCGUUUUCCUCUUUCAAGGACCAGGCCCCGGUCUCAUCCCCGGCCUUGCGUUUCCACAUCGGAGCUUUUUUUGGGGGUUGUUGGAAGUCAUGGGAGACACAAGUGAACGAAGCAAACCUUCCACUCUACCUCCCCGGUGUCCCUGUGGAUUUUGGGGAUCCAGUAAAACCAUGAACCUAUGCUCUAAAUGUUUUGCUGAUGUCCAGAAGAAGCAGCCAGAGGACGACUGCACCUCCAAACCAAUCCAAAGUACCGGGAGUAGCCAAUCAUCCGUUUUCAGUAGCGAGACGAGCAGUAGCAGUAGCCAGUCCCUAUCGUUGUCACUGCCGCCCAGCUCGGAGCCGCCGUCAGCCGGAGAGUCCUCAACCAUGUUUUCCAGCCGGACAGAAGGCGUGACAUCCACAGAAACAGCCCAAGGCACACUCUGCACGCCCACAAAACGUCCGCGUGAAUCAGCCUCCGGGCCAGAGAGCGACGCAACGCCAGAGAAACGACCACGGACAGAAGAGAAGGAGGGGAACAGUGAGGAGGCCCGCAGGACGCCCAAACAGAAGAACCGCCGGCGCUGCUAUCGCUGCCAAACCAAACUAGAGCUGGUGCAGCAGGAACUGGGCUCAUGUCGCUGUGGCUACGUUUUCUGCAUGCUACACCGUCUCCCCGAGCAGCACGACUGCGUGUUCGACCACCUGGGCCGCGGGCGCGAGGAGGCCGUGCUCAAGAUGGUGAAGCUGGAUCGUAAGGUGGGCCGCUCAUGCCAACGCAUCGGGGAGGAGUGCUCCUGAUUACCACGCGGUGACCAGCCAUCCCGUCAAAGAGAUGAAGCACUUACAAAGAGGAGGAGGAGGUGGAAAAUUGGGUGAUGGGUUGGGAAGGGAGGGGUGGGUAAAAACGAAGAGGAGGGGAGGGGCGGGCUAGGGUGUAACGUCCUGCAACUGACCCAAUAAAUCUGGAUCUAAGCUUGUCGCUGCCCUGUUGAAGUCCUGGUUUCCUGUCUGGAGCAUCUGUUCAGACUCUGCUCUGUUCCAAGCCUCUUAGGGCCACAAGGGGGCCCUGUGGUUGUUCAGCAAAGGCCCGUUCAGUAUCGCAUGUUCACACACGUACACAGCCUUAACCCCACCCUCCCAUCCUCAAGAGGAAGGACUCAGAGACAGAUUCAGUCAGACAUACAUCAUGCACAGCUCUGCUGUAUCUCGUCAUGGUUUCCUCCUCUUAUCUCUGUUUCUCUGUUCGUUACAGGAAGUUCUAAGGAACUGUUCUAGUGUUUGGCUCAUUCGGAUUCUUGUUCAGCAGAGUUUUAUUUAUUCUUCUUUUUUGCCAUGACUUGGCCGUGGGCGAGGGGUCCGGCUCUGCCCUACGGCCACUCCUCAGGUUGCCAUCAGGGGGUGGGAGUGUAAAACCUGUAACCCACCUUCCUCCUUACGUCUUCUUCUUUUUCUUCUAUAAUGUUUAGGUCCAUGCACAGCAUCAGAGCGAGGGUUUGUUUCUGCAUGCUUCUAGCAGCAGCAUAUUGUGCAGGUUUGCGCGUGUUCAAUAAUGAGAAGAAGUCCAGGGAUGCUGUCAUGAUUAUUUUCUUUAAAUGUGUGGCUGUGAUGGUGAUUAGUUCUGUUUUUCCUGCUUAACCACAGCAUCAUGGAGGACGAUACAGCCAGUCUCUGCCUCUGCUCACAUGGACUAAACAAUAACUAGAAAUACUAAAGAGGAAGAAACACUAAUGGACAACGGUCACCCAGAUGAAUCCUCUGUGUAGCAGAUCCUUAUCUCCCACUGACCCUUUUUAUUUCACUGAGUGGUACUGUUGGCACACAGGGGGGCACUUGAUUUUUGUUCUCACUGAAAGUGUUCGACUCCAAAAUGACAUCUGAAGUUUGUUGGUGCUAAACUGAGUUGAAAUUAUUCCAGUUCCUUUCGUAUGUGUUUGGGAUUGCAGAAAGCUGUUUGGAAUGUAAGAAUUAGACGAUUAUUUUCAUUAAUAUACUGACUUUAGCAUACGUCACCUUUUCUGUUUAUGAGCUUUCACUCAGUCAAAGAAAAACAGGAUUAAAACUCAGUUUAAAGCUGUGAUGUUACAUGAAUGAAGUGGUGAUGUGGUGAAUGGGGGGGCCUAAGCUUCUCACCGCAUCAUACCUCACUCUGAUUGGUUGGGCUGUUUUCACUUCUUGACAUCACAGAUUUAAACUCUGCUGUGUUUUAAUGAUGCUCUAGAAACAAAGCCAAUUCUUAAAUUUAGUGGUUUCCCCUCUUCCUUUUUGAGGUUCUGUUUUGCCGCCGUCACGCUCUCUGAGCUCGUUCUGAAUGGGCCUACACAGCUUGGACUUUGUGCUGUGCAUAUUGUUCAUUUAUUCGCAUCUCUUGUUCUUCAGAAAGAGUCUUCUAACACGUUUCUGUUUGUCACACUGCAGAAGUUUUCUUCCUCCUCUUCCUUUUUUAAUUCGGGCAUUUGGCACCAGUAUGUGUGCUAAGGAUAGAAGAUGCUGUCUGUUGAAAAAAUAAAUGUACAGUGCAGCAUUACCCAUGGUGCAUUGUGGGAAUGUUGAACUGUACGUUUUUGUUUUAAGAUUAGGAGAACUGAGAAACGUGAAGAAGAACAGGAUGUUCUUCUGCAAAGUAACUUCAUAAAACUUGAUUUGGGUUGAAAACCUGUUGAACACCACUUUACUAUGCUAACCCUGAUGCACAACCUUACGUUUCUUCCCUCCUUCGCCUCUCCCGUCUUCUCUGUUGAGAAUGGAGCAAAGUGUAAGAGGAUUCCGGAGAAGUUCUGUGUCUGGUUCUCUCUUCGAUAUGUUUCUUUUUCUUUGAUUGUCAAUAAGAAACAGAAAAAAGAUUAUCUUUCUGUACCUUUUUUGUUAAAGAAGAAAAUUAUUUAACCUUAUAUCAGUUUGAGUUACUUACACCCUAGCAUAGAGUGGCAUAUUUAGUUAAAUGUAUAAAGCAAGAACAUAAUUCUGUCCUAUUUUUUUUCCUUCUUAAUUUCAUCAUGUUCCACUUUUUUUUUUCUGCUAAGGAAAUUAAACUGGAUUAGAGGAUGUUG